CCCUCUGUCCCCCCCCACUCGUGUCGGGGGCGCGGCCGCAGAACCUCGUCCCGCCCGCCCAGGGGCGGGACCCCACGGAGCCCAUCCCCGUGGCACCGGGCACUGAUGACCAUGGCCGGGCGGAUCGCCAAGGAGCUGGAGGAGGCGCGGCGCUGGGAGGGGGCCCGCGACGUGCGGCCGCUGGACGGGAACGUGCGGCGCUGGGGGGGGCUCCUGCUGCCCAACAACCCCCCAUACAACACGGGCGCCUUCCGCUUCGAGCUGACCUUCUCUCCCAACCACCCGCUGGAGCCCCCCUGUGCCACCCUCCGCACCCCCAUCUACCACCCCAGCGUGGACCUGAAGGGCCGCGUCUGCCAGCCCCUCACCAGCGAGGCGCACUGGGAGCCCACCACCCGCGCCAUCCAAGUGCUCCAGGACCUGCUGCUGCAGCUGGACAGCCCCGACCCCCAGCGGGUGCUGCGGCCGAAGGUGGCCAAGGAGCUGCAGGAGCGCCCCGAGGAGUUCCGGCGCCGGGCAGAGGAACACACCCGGCUCCACGCCGAGCCGCGCCCCGACCCCCACGCAUAAAGCAAUAAAUUCCCUCCAUCACC